CAGUUAAUCCCACUUCCAAGCCGGAUUUCUAAAAAAGGCUACUGGAGAACAAAAAAAGGACGACAACACCGGAAUGAGGAAAUUGACCAUGAGCAAAACAAAGUUGUUCAUUGCUGAUAACCGUGCAACCUGAUGAACCGCGGGUCAGUCAACCCGAGUCCUUCAGACGAGAUCGCAGCUCCCCUCAUACUCCACACGCUGUAUCCGACCAUCCUGCACCCAGUGAUGUCCCUCCUGCUCCUCACGGUGCUGUCCUCACUCGUGCUGCAUGAUGCUGAGGCGUGGGGCGCCGGCGUGAAGUAUGCGGUGAACUGCCCGGACAGAUGCAGCGCUGAUCGCUGCGGCGGCACGCAGCGCUGUACGCGGACAGUCCUGGACGACUGCGGCUGCUGUCAAGUCUGCGCGGCCGGCAGAGGGGAGCACUGUUACCGCACGGUGUCUGGGAUGCACGGCGUCAAGUGCGGAGCGGGGCUGUUCUGCGAGUUCUACAAGGAUGAGGACGAUUAUGGAGACGAAUACGGGAUUUGCAAUGACUGCCCAUAUGGGACAUAUGGGGUUGAGUGCCGCAAGACCUGCAGCUGCAAAGGAGGUAUAUGUGAUAGGGAAACUGGAGCUUGUCUCACCCUCACAUUCUUUGCCAAAAUUGCCAGCAAGCUCAAAACUGGACCACAAACAGGGUCUGAAGUGGGCUCAGGACAAGUGGGUUCUGCACAGGUCACAGACAGAUCCACUGCUCCCAAAAGGCUUAACCCUCGCUGACAAUAAAAAAAAGACCUGUUCAAAUGUUCAGUUUAAAUGUAGCAUUAAUUUAUAAAUAAACCAAAAUGUAUGUUUUGCAAUGUAUAAAAACCUUUUGACCAGCAUUCGAAACCUUGUUUGAUUCUUGUUUCGUCUUUUCUAUGAAUAUGCAGUUAUUUCUACCCUUUAAAUAUUCCUUCUAUUGUUUUUUUUUUCAGUAUCAGGUUUGUCAAAGUCUUUUGUUAUAUUAAGUCAAAAAUAUUUAAAUAUAAGUUCAUUAUGCACAUUGGUUCCCUAUAUUGCAUACUAGCUAGAAGUUGGGGAAAUACAUAUAAAACAUUUACAAAGCAACUACACUUUGUAUGAUGCAAAAUAGGGGCAUAAUUGUUAAAGCGCACUUUUCUGCUCCAAGUAAUAACUUAUUUAAUAGUGGAAAAAGUUCCUGGGAUAAGUAGAUUUCCAUGUUGCCCAAAUAAUGUUUAAUGUUAAAAACAGUAUUCCUCCAAACCAUGUCCAAAUGUAAAACGUUAAGUAUAAAUUUAAGAGGAAGUUGUAUUCCUAAAAACAGAAAUUAGAACUAAUUUUGCAGAUGUUUUACAGGAUUUAAUUUGAAAAAUAAAACUCUGCAGAGAUUUAGAUUCGUGUGAUGGAAAACAAACUUCCAGUUCCUGCAAAAGUGAAGUAUAAAUUCUAAUUGAAUUAUUUAUUCAUAUCAGUAUAUGAAUUACUUUUUAAAAUGUUGAUUCUGAAAACUGUAAACUAAAAAACUUACAUCUAAAUUUUGUUGACAGUGUGUACUGUAUAGGAUCUGUAAAAAAGAAAGAUAUUUUUGAUGAGGGUUGGUGAAAUAAGUAUUUCUUUAUCCAACACCGUUUGAGUCACUUUGGGCUCUGAUGAUUGAGUUGUUCUUUUCAGUACAUUCAGCAAAUGACCAACAUAAACAAAAAUGUAUGAAUGUUUGAUUCCUAGUGUUUUCUGGUGAUCUUUUGCAUUUUAUAUAAUUGCUGCUUAAUUUGAACUAAUAGCAUCAUUUUUUGUUUCAUUGAACACUUUUAAUUUCAUAAAUAUCCAGUUUUAUUUUAAAUAAAAAGGAUCAUGUAUCUCUCUGUCCUUGUAUAAAAUUACUCCGCAAUAAAAACGUAUAACUGA